AUGUCAGCACUCACAUCAGACUCACUAAAGCAAAUAAUCCAACAACGUCUAAAUGCAGAACUCGUUCAAGUCGAAGACAUGUCAGGAGGGUGUGGACAAGCAUUUGCGGUUGUUAUUGUAUCAUCGCUCUUUCAAGGCAAGAACAAAUUAGCAAGACAUAGGUUGGUCAAUAGCCAGCUACGAGAUGAAAUUGCUUCAAUCCAUGCGUUUACGCAGAAAGGUUACACGCCUAGCGAAUGGACCGAGCUUGGUGGAAAGAUAUAA